AUGGCGAAGCGUAAGAGCAAAGCGAGAGGGCCGACCGUCACAUACUUCGACCCAGACGGCGACACGCGGCUCGUAUUGAAUGAAGGCGAGGCCGACGAGAAAACUUUUGUCGUCUCCUGGAAAACCGUGAGCGCGUUUUGCGACUCAUGGGACCGCAUGCUCAACCCGGAUGGGCAUCCUGGAGACGCGUCGCACAAAUGCCUCAUAUCGCUUCCCGACGAUGACUGGCGGGGACUUCAGAUCAUCUUAAACAUUGCCCACCAGAACUUCGACCGCGUGCCUCAAGACAUCAGCUUCAGGGACUUGGUUGCAGUCGCCGUUCUAACCGAGAAAUACGGUGCCACGAGGCUCGUUCCUCCAUGGACGAAAAAGUGGCUCAGGCAGUGGAGAAAGCGUGCCAACCAAUCUGGAUAUGAAGAAUGGCUUUAUGUAGCCUGGGCAUUCGGACAAGACCGAGCUUUCAAGACUGGAACGAAGAGACUCGUUCUGGAGUAUGGGGGCCUUCUUGACGGGACAAUGUUGAAAAGUGACGAGGAGACGAUAGAUCUCAUUGUCAAUCCACGGCAUUUUCCACCGGGUAUCAUAGAGAGCAUACAUUUUGUCCGAGAUAUGAUUCUCGACAGUAUCCUGGAAGACGUCUACGAGGUGCUGAAUCAAUACGUCUUGCCCACUUGCCAGGUGGGCGGGCCUGCCGGGCGAGCGUGCAACGCUAUGGUUUGCGGGUCGUUAUUCAGCCAACUACGAAAACUCGGACUGUGGCCGGACAAGAUAACCGCAAGAAAAACUUUGUGGAGCCCGAAGGAGCUUGUCCAGAAGCUUCGAGCUGUGAAAGUCAUGACACCGUCAAAGGAAUACAAGAUUGUGGGCGACUCGGAAGACCAUUCCUCAUGUGCCCCAAUACAGCAGAAAUUCCGCGAGAUUAUUGACAUGUGGUACAAUUCAGAGGUUGCUGAAUCAGCUGUUCGGGAACAUCACAUUGGUCAUAUGAGGCGCAAAAGAGAGGAACUACUCGGAAUCAACAGCAGCAAUGGCCGAAAGAGGAAGUGGGGCGAGAGCUUUGAGCAACUAGCUCAAGAGGAGUCCAGUGCAGCUGGCGAAGCAAAUGUAGCCCAAAUGGACCAGGAGGUGGAUGAACAGGAGGGUGAAGAGUCGACGGGAGAUGAUCAGUACGGGGAGGAUGAGAGCUCAAAUGAGGUCAUUAAAGAAGAGGAUGAGAACUCAAAUGAGGUCAUCAAAGAAGAGGAUGGUCAUAAUGGAGAGUACUGGAGUUUCUCCGAGUACAGCAGAAGCCCAGUUGGAGAUGAUGAUCGGGAUGGCGGAAGUCAAGAGGAUAACUUGAUGUAUGUGAAAAAGGAAGAUGAGGAGGAUUAUUGA